AUGGGUUCCAUGGAGCAACAACCGUUGCUACUAAGGCUUGAUUCACACACACAACUUCGAAAUUUAUCAUCAGAUGACGUUGAAGAAUUAUUGGAACAUGGGCCUAUUGGGUUGAGAUGGUGGGCUAAGCUUGUUGCAUGGGAGUCAAGGCUUCUCUGGCUUCUAUCUGGGGCUUCUAUUACUGUGUCCAUUUUCAACUAUAUGCUAAGCUUUGUGACCUUAAUGUUUACUGGGCAUUUGGGGUCUGUAGAACUUGCUGGGGCAUCCGUAGCAAGUGUUGGAAUUCAGGGUCUAGCUUAUGGGAUUAUGCUGGGAAUGGCAAGUGCGAUCCAAACUGUGUGUGGACAAGCAUAUGGUGCAAAAAAGCAUGCAGCAAUGAGCAUAAUAUUGCAAAGAGCAAUAAUCUUACACGUUGGUGCAGCAGUGAUUCUCUCAUUCCUCUAUUGGUAUUCUGGGGCUUUUCUAAAAGCCAUAGGACAAUCAGAGAGCAUAGCUGAGCAAGGCCAAGUCUUUGCACGAGGACUUAUUCUUCAACUCUAUGCAUUUACAAUAAGCUGUCCAAUGCAGAGGUUUCUCCAAGCACAAAACAUUGUGAAUCCUCUGGCAUAUAUGGCAGUUGGUGUAUUCCUUCUUCACGUGCUUCUCAACUGGGUUGUUAUUUUUGUUUUGGGCUAUGGCCUUCUUGGGGCUGCCCUUACUCUUAGCUUUUCUUGGUGGCUUCUUGUCUUGUUAAAUGGGCUUUAUAUACUUCUUAGCCCAAGAUGUAAGGAAACUUGGACCGGCUUCAGUGUAAAAGCUUUCAAAGGAAUUUGGCCUUAUUUCAAGCUCACAGUUACUUCUGCUGUGAUGUUAUGCUUGGAGAUAUGGUAUAGUCAGGGACUAGUGAUUAUAUCAGGGCUGCUGCCUAAUCCCACAAUUGCACUGGACUCUAUUUCUGUUUGUAUGAAUUAUCUGAACUGGGACAUAAAUUUUAUGCUGGGCCUUAGUGCAGCAGCAAGUGUUCGAGUUAGCAAUGAAUUAGGAGCAGCUCAUCCAAGAGUAGCUAAAUUUUCUGUCUUCAUAGUGAAUGGAACUAGCAUCCUUGUCAGUAUGGUUUUCUGUGCGAUUAUCUUGAUAUUCAGGGUUUCUUUGAGUGAACUUUUCACUUCUGACUAUCAAGUCAUUGAGGCUGUAUCUAAUUUGACUCCAUUGCUUGUUAUCUCGGUUUUCCUAAAUGGCAUUCAACCUAUACUGUCAGGGGUUGCAAUUGGAAGUGGAUGGCAAGCUAUAGUGGCUUAUGUAAACUUGGCUUGUUAUUAUGUCAUUGGUCUUACCAUUGGAUGUGUGCUUGGCUUUAAAACCUCUUUAGGUGUAACUGGAAUCUGGUGUGGAAUGGUCCUUGGAGUUCUUAUACAGACAAUAACUCUAAUAAUUCUGACUGCCAGAACAAAUUGGGGAGUUGAGGUUGAAAAAGCUAUUGCUCGCAUCAAGAGAGCGGCUGAAGAUGAGACCUUAGGUCAGCUAGUUGACACUUGA